GACGGGAAGGAGGAGGAGAGAGAAAAUCACAGUCCCAACACAAACAGUGAAAUAUACUGCAAACUCCGUCUAAUGGUCUGGGGCCUGUAAGCCAUCGACUUCUUACAGGGCGUGGUUGCAGCUAGUUUUUAGAUUGUUUUCAAGAACGUUCCCUCAUAUUUCCUUGUCGAAUUUGACACGGAGGGAGAGAGUUUCUUUGGCCGCCAUCUUUAGGACUUGUCCGUGAGGGGGAAAUCAAGCUUCUGGGCCACCGUUAGCCCUGGGGUGGAGUUCCAACAUUGUCAACUAGCAAAAGCAGGAACGUCAAGUUAUAACUAACCCCUGUCGAUUAAGAAGACCCAAAACCCGAUCAAAGGCUUGUUCAGACUUUUACUAGACCUCUUCAACGUCUGAUGUGGAUGGACAGUACUUAUUGAUUCCAGAAAAUACUCAGCCCUCUCAAAACUGGCCUGUCGGACGGGUGAGUUACCGCCUCACAUUCUUCAGCAGCUGCACUUUCAAGUGUGGAUCUGCAUGCAGCUGCUGACUUGCAGAUGAGCCUUCGGCGGGGGCUGUCGUUGCGUGGCAGUCGCAGACCCAGAUAGUCUCCGGCUGCUCCGCCUGGCUGCAGGGCAGGGCUGCGUCGCGUGGCGGCCCCCUCCUCCCCCCUCUCCUCCCUGGCCACCCCCCCUGGCCAGCGCCCCCCGCCCGGGCCCCGCUCCCGGUCCCAGCCAUGCACAAGAAUGCCCGCGCGGGGAGCCUAAAGGACCCCGACAUCGCCGAGCUCUUCUUCAAGGAGGACCCCGAGAAGCAGUUCUCGGACCUGCGCGAGAUCGGACAUGGCAGCUUCGGCGCCGUCUACUUUGCGCGGGAUGUGCGGACCUCAGAGGUGGUGGCCAUCAAGAAGAUGUCCUACAGCGGGAAACAGUGCAAUGAGAAAUGGCAAGACAUCAUUAAGGAGGUGAAGUUUCUGCAGAAGAUCAAGCACCCCAACAGUAUUGAGUAUAAAGGAUGCUACCUGCGCGAGCACACGGCCUGGCUGGUGAUGGAGUACUGCCUGGGAUCCACCUCAGAUGUGUUGGAAGUGCACAAGAAACCUUUACAAGAAAUGGAAAUAGCAGCAAUUACUCACGGAGCACUGCAAGGCCUGGCUUACCUUCACUCCCACAACAUGAUUCACAGAGACAUCAAGGCGGGCAACAUCCUGCUAACCGAGCCUGGUCAGGUGAAGCUGGCGGACUUUGGCUCGGCCUCGCUGUCGUCUCCGGCCAACUCCUUCGUGGGGACUCCAUAUUGGAUGGCCCCUGAGGUGAUCUUGGCCAUGGAUGAGGGCCAGUACGAGGGGAAGGUGGACAUCUGGUCUCUGGGGAUCACCUGCAUCGAAUUAGCUGAGAGGAAGCCUCCCCUGUUCAACAUGAAUGCAAUGAGUGCCUUAUACCACAUAGCCCAGAACGAGAGCCCCACGCUGCAGUCCAGCGACUGGACGGACUACUUCAGAAACUUUGUGGACUCGUGUCUACAGAAGCUUCCUCAGGACAGGCCCACCUCUGAGGAGCUGCUGAAGCAUGCGUUUGUGCAGCGUGAGCGGCCCGAGUCUGUGCUGAUGGACCUGAUCCAUCGCACCAAGGAUGCGGUGCGGGAGCUGGACAACCUGCAGUACCGCAAGAUGAAGAAGAUCCUCUUCCAGGAGGCGCACAACGGGCCCACCACAGAGGUGGCCGAUGAGGAGGAGGAGCCGGACCCGCACGUGGGCCGCACGGGCACGGUGAACAGCGUGGGCAGCAACCAGUCCAUCCCCAGCAUGUCCAUCAGCGCCAGCUCCCAGAGCUCCUCCGUCAACAGCCUGCCCGACGCCACCGACCAGGACAACAAGAGUGAGCUGGACCUGCUGGAGGGAGACCGCACCGUCAUGUCCAACAACUCCGUCAUACACCUCAAACCCGAUGAGGAGAGCUACCAGGAGGAGGAGUCUGAGCCCCAGAGGCCGUCUGAGCCGCCGCAGUCCCCGCCCACCACCACGCCCCGAAAACACCUCCGCAACCGAGAACACUUUGCCACCAUCCGCACCGCCUCCCUGGUGACGCGUCAGUUCCAGGACCACGAGCAGGACUCUGAGCUGCGCGAGCAGAUGUGGGGCUACAAGCGCAUGCGGCGACAGCACCAGAAGCAGCUGAUGGCUCUGGAGAACAAGCUGAAGGGGGAGAUGGACGAGCACCGCCUACGCCUCGACAAGGAGCUGGAGAGCCAGCGCAGCAGCUUCACCUCCGAGAUGGACAAGCUCAUCAAGAAGCACCAGGGCACCAUGGAGAAGGAUGCCAAGACAUUCACCAACGAUGAGAAGAAGUUCCAGCAGCACAUCCAGAGCCAGCAGAAGAAGGAGCUGAGCAGCUUCCAGGAGUCCCAGAAGAGGGAGUACAAACUCCGCAAGGAGCAGCUCAAAGAGGAGUUGAGUGAGAACCAGUCGACGCCCAAAAAGGAGAAGCAGGAGUGGCUGUCCAAGCAGAAGGAGAACAUCCAGCACUUCCAGGCGGAGGAGGAGGCCAACCUGCUCCGCCGCCAGCGCCAGUACCUAGAGCUCGAGUGCAGACGCUUCAAACGGCGCAUUCUCAUCCUCAGGCACAACGUGGAGCAGGACCUGGCGCGCGAGGAGCUGAACAAGCGUCAGACGCAGAAGGACCUGGAGCACGCCAUGCUCCUGCGGCACCACGAGUCCAUGCAGGAGCUGGAGUUCCGGCAGCUCAACACCAUCCAGCGCAUGCGGGCCGACCUGAUCCGCACGCAGCACCAGACCGAGCUCACCAACCAGCAGGAGUACAACAAGAGGCGGGAGAGGGAGCUGCGGCGCAAGCACGUCAUGGAGGUCCGGCAGCAGCCCAAGAGCCUCAAGUCCAAAGAGAUGCAGAUCAAGAAGCAGUUCCAGGACACGUGUAAGAUCCAGACGCGGCAGUACAAGGCGCUGCGCAACCACCUGCGGGACAACACGCCCAAGAGCGAGCACAAGGCCGUGCUCAAGCGCAUCAAGGAGGAGCAGACGCGCAAGCUGGCCAUCCUGGCCGAGCAGUAUGACCACUCCAUCAACGACAUGCUAUCUACACAAGCGUUGCGUCUGGACGAGGCCCAGGAGCAGGAGUGCCAGGUGUUGCGCAUGCAGCUGCAGCAGGAGCUGGAGCUCCUCAACGCCUACCAGAGCAAGAUCAAGAUGCAGACGGACGCCCAGCAGGAGAGGGAGAGGAAGGAGCUGGAACAGAGGGUCUCACUACGCAGGGCCCUGCUGGAACAAAAGAUCGAGGAGGAGAUGUCCACCCUCCAGAACGAGCGUCUGGAGCGCAUCCGCUCGCUGCUGGAGCGCCAGGCGCGCGAGAUCGAGGCCUUCGACUCGGAGAGCAUGCGGCUGGGCUUCAGCAACAUGGUGCUGGCCAACAUCUCCCCCGAGGCCCUCAGCCACAGCUUCCCGGGGGCCCCCGCCAGCUGGGCCCCCCAGCAGCAGAGCCAGCACCCGGGGGGCGGACCGCCGCACGGCGUGGGGCCUCCUCCACCACCACACCACUCCAACAGCUCCCAGGGCUCCCCCUGGGGUCCGGGAGGCGGCGGGAGCAUCUCCAGUCAACACAGCAGCCACCACUACUACCACCACCACUCCUCCAGUCAAGGCGGAGGGGGCCCACCGCACCCCUCGCACUCCACCCCGCCGCACCACCACCACCACCAUCAGAGCAGCGGCUGGAGCCCCGGGGGGCAGCCGUGGGGUCACUCGCCGGGGGCCGGAGGGGCGGGGGUAGGGGCGCGUAACAGCCCCCAGGCCCUGAGUAGGACCUCGUCGGGGGGCCACGGCGGCGGCGGUGGUGGCGAGCAGGCCAUGAGCAGGAGCACCAGCAUCACCUCGCAGAUAUCCAACGGCUCGCACCUCUCCUUCAUGUAGUAGACCCACCACCACCACCACCAUCGUCACCACCACCAGUGCGGUGUAACACCACAUGCUGUACAGUGCAGUUUAACAGCUGUACCUUGUUUCAGUGUGGUUUUAAAGCAGUGUGCUGUACGAUUUUGCACCAGUACUGCAUGCAGUGAAGCUUAAACAUCGGUGAUGUGUGCUGUACAGUUUAGCACCAGUGCAGUGCAGUGCAGUGCAGUUUGGCACCAGCUACUGUACUGUGCAGUGCUACAUAAGCACCAGUGCAAUGUGGUGCUGUACAAUGCAGUGCAGCUGAGAGAGCAUUGCAUCCAGUGCCAGAGUCAGGGUUUGGUUGUGUGUUUGUGAACCGCCACCUGCACCACAACAAGAGGGAGCUAGAGGGACACGACACGACACAACACAACACACGCAAGCACGCAUUUGCUUCUCUCUCCCUCUUCCAUUCAACACUCUGCUACUGUCUCUCUCUCCCCUUUCCUCCCCUCAGCGUGUGUGUGUGUGUGUGUUUGUGUGCUCUGUUUCUGGCUCUGCAGGUCUGUGGGCGUUUACAUUACAGUGCUCUAGCCCAGCACAGGUCAACCCAGUAUCUGGAUGUCUGUCUGUGUUUAUGUGUUUGUUUGUCUGUAUAUAAACACUACUACUGUUGCAGUUACAUGACUUGUGGAAUUUUUAGUUUUUUUUCUUGCUUGUUUUUAUUUGAUCCCCACUCCACAAACCACACACGUUUUUUCCCCCCUUUAUGUCUGAAAGUCCUCCUCUUAAUCUCAGUCUUCUGCUCCUUGUGUUAAAAAAAAUUCUCCCCCAUAACCAUCAAAAAUAAACCUAAAUCCCACCAGGUCCCAGGCAGUAGGAUUGAUAACUUGGCAGCAAGAGUGAGAGCUGGUCUUUGAUGAGCCAGCAGAGAAACACUGGCCCCCAAAUUGCACAAAAGGCUCUGACACCUGCCAACCCAGCACCCCGGUCAUAUCCCGUUGGAGACAGCUGUCGUUUGGUUACUAUAAGCUAAACCUAGAUACCGCCAUAACCAUGGGUCAUUUUCCCCCCCGCUUUUGCAUUGCAGUGUAGUUUUGCCAUAUACUAUUUCGACAAAAUGUGUUUUUAAUUUUGCGAACACAAGUAGGGGUUUUCUCCCCUUUUUGCCAAGCUCUUUGAGGUGAGGGACUGUGUGAAAGAGAAUUUAUUAUUAUUAUUAUUAUUGUUAUUAUUAUUAUUAUUACUAUAAAGACCUUGUCUCUGAAGCCAUUAGGUCAAUAUGGGUAAAGAGGCGAGUUGAUGAGGAUGUGAUGUUUGCAUGUGGGGUUCAGUGCAGUGAGACAGUGCCACCCUGUGGUGUGGUUGUGACUUGUGAGAUGUACAUGUUAGCUGCUUGGUCUGAAUGUGUGAUGAUUAUCAGUAAGUAUAAACCCAUACAGCUCUCGUAUCAUACUGAACGAAACAGCCAUAGGACGUCACAGGAUUUGCUAAUAACUAGAAAGUCCAAAGCCAAAAAAAACUAUAGUGUUUUAGUGCCUUGAAGUAAUUCUUUAGCACUGGUUACAAUAAUGCAGUACAUACUGUAGUAGUGAAUCGUUAGAUGAGUGUUUAAUCCAACGACAUUACUUAAAAUGUAAUGAGAUCUACAUUGUGCUGUGAGUUUUUUUCUUAUUCCACAAAUUCAUGUUACAAACACAAACAAGAUGUGGCGGUCGGAUGAGAUUUCCCAUGAUUCAUAGUUUCAGUCAAUACUGUUAAUAGGCAAUGUCCAAAGGUGCUCUGUUUCCUACUCGGUGCAAUGAACAGGUGAACACAUCGGUAUUGAGCCACUGUAACUGGGCAGUGAUGGUGCCUUGUGCAGUAGGGGAGACACCAGGCAGAAGCACUUUAAUUACUGUUGGAUGAGUUUCUAAAGGUGUGCAAGCAAACACGUUUUAAACUGUGUGUGUUUUGUAGCAGAAUGUGUGCUAUAGAGAGGAGUUGCAAAUAUUUUUGUGCGUGCGUGUCAAAAUGUGGUGGUAACGUGGAAAGUUUGAAUAAUGAGAGAAGUUACUGAAUAUUGGAAUCAUGUUGCAGAGAGGUAAGGGGAAAUGUGCGAGUUAUUAUUAUUAUUAUUAUUUUUUAAUCACUUCCUGGUCUGAAAUCAGUCAUUACAUUUUAAAUAUCAAAUUCCCAAAUGUGAAUCUUGUGUUAGCUGCCAACAGAAUUGUCCCACUAGAGUUGAGUAGACUUGCAUAGGCUACUUCAUAGAGUUGUGUUGGAUGUGCUACGCAAGGUGUGGACUAGGAGUCAGGAACCAGACAACUCCUACUAAACUGGGGGAGGAGUGGGGGUGCCAUCUGCUUGGGAGGUGUGGGGGCCUCAUGACUUCUAAAAAGGAGCCAGUGUUUCUUUCACAGAUCUCUACUGCCAGUAGACUGCAGUUUAACCCUUCUCUUCCCUCUAUUGGAUAAAGAACACUAUGCAUUAUGAGCACAGCACACUCAUUUGAGCUGAAAUAUGGAUACUACAGUUUGCCCAUGCACAGAGACAUAUCGAAUACUGUCUGCAAAUUGGAUCCAUCCCAUCCCCCAAAAAUAGCUUCCUUUGCAUCUGAUGAGGUGUUUGACCAAGCGCGUGGGCAGAAUGCAUUGUGAUUGUGGCAGGGAUGUCUAUCUGUGUUUUGACUUGUGUGCGUGCGCGCGUGUGGGUGAGCGAGAGCAUAUUAAACGUUCCCUCAGACUGUCAGUCUUUUGCCCCACCUCUUUUUUGCUCUCUGUCUCUCCCUCCAUCCUCUGCACUUUUCAUUCUGUGUGUCUUCUCUUCUUCCCAUCCCUCCUCCUCCUCCUCCUCCUCCUCUUCCUCCCUGUGGGUUUGGCUGUGGCUCCUGAGGGCCAAUAUGGCUCAUGGUCUUGGUACAGUAACAGUAAGCAAGUGCAUACGCAUAGAUGUGUACAUACUGUACAGGAAUGCAUACAGUAUAUGUCUGUGGACGGGUGCUGCUGUUGCCGGAACACCUGUUGUUGCCAUUACCCCUCCCCCCGCUUCCACCACCACACCACCAUCCCUCUUUUAGCCAAUUAGUGAAAGAGUGAGACGAAGGGGAUAAAGAAACAGCAUGCACCUGAAGAUGACUGAACAGAGACUGGAGACCUAACUCCUCCCUCCCCAGAGGACAUAUCAGGUGUAAAAAGUCACUUUAAAACACUUCUAUUUACUUUUGAGGGGGGUUUGUUCCAUACGGUUUUACAUUUUAUUUCCCUUUUUUUUUCCUCCCCGUCUUAGAACACUUUAAGGAACAAAACAUUGUGCUGAUCAACUCUAGUGUGUGUGAGUGUGUGUGAAACAGAGGGGAGGACUGUGUGUGAAACAUGUAAAUGUUGAAUUGUCAAAAUUGGAAAAAGUACAGAGAGAGAAGGGAAAGUACAGCGGGAGGAGGGAAGAGGAGGGAGAAAUGAGUGUUUAUGAGCCCUGGGGUAAUAGGCGUAUGUGGGAUAUGUGUGCACUGAUGUGGUUUCCCCAUCAGAACAAUUUCCCACGUCACAAAUUUAACCUGACUGACAUGCUACCACCACCACACAAAUACUUUAAAAGUUUUGUUUUGUUUUUCUUUUACAUUUGCAAAUGAGAAUGUAAUGCCUCCACUGUGCAUCUGAAAGGACGUUAAAAGGUCUUAAAUAAAGACAGGUCUGAAAUGUCAGGGUUUAAUUGAUCCAAGCAUCGGAUUCAGGAACUAGGUUUUAUUUUCUCGUGUCCUGACUAUACAUAUAUUCCACUGCCCAAUCAUCCAUCAGCUUUGUGGUCUCUCUCUCUCUCUCUCUCUCUCUCUCUCUCUCUCUCUCUCUCUCUCUCUCUCUCUCUCUCUCUCUCUCUCUCUCUCUCUCUCUCUCUCUCUCUCUCUCUCUCUCUCUUAUACACACACACACCUCUUGACUGUCAGCUGUCUCAGGCAUUAAUCACCUCUCCUUGGUUGAAGCCCCAACCGCCCUUUCCACUAUCCUCUCUGAUGAUGUGCCCAAGUCCCCUUGAGUCCAUAGUUGCUCAGUUUGUUUAUGCUCUUGUUUUUAUUUUUCAAUAAAUGUCAGAGUGAGGCUGUAUAGGUGUAUUGUUUUCCCCCUUUUUGCCCUUGUUUAUUUUACUCACAGUGUCGUCUCUCCAUGACUGUGGAUAAUUAUUUGUAGUAUGACAUUAUGGAUGAUGAUGAUGAUUUUAUGAUAUCCAACUAUUGUUUUUGUCCUACUGACUGAACAAGUGUGAGAGAGCGGAGGUGAUACUGCUUUUAUAUUUGAAGUGGGGGCAGGGGGUAUUCUAGACUGCAGGUGUACUCCUUUGCCUGGGUAACGUUACCUCUGAGCAAAUGGUGAACCUCCUAAUACGGGAGAGGUGUGGUUUAGUUGCGAUUGUGCUUUGCGAUCCAAAAUACUCCUCUAUUCAAACAUUUACUACUUGAGAGAACUUGCCAGCACAAGUCACUAAGCCAACCUUCUUUAAAUACCCCCCGAAUAUUUUUUUGGUUUGUUUGUUUGUUUAUUUUCAUUCAAAAGGUUUUGUUUUGUUUUGUUUUAAAAGUGUAUUAGAGGUCCAGCCUCUGGUCGAACACUGUGCCAUCUACAGUACCAGCUGCCAAGCCCGAAAACUACUGCAGACACCUGUUGCCCUUGCAGGUCAGAGGUUACUGUAGUAGCCUGAGAGGGGAGCGGGAACCAGGAGGGCUAUAACAAGAACUUGGCCCAGUUGUCAACCAGACUAAAUUCACCUGGAGGUAGUGGUAAAUCAUCUAAUAGAAGAGCCUUGAGUUCUCAUUAUCUUAACAGAAGGGCACAUGUGGGCUAUCUAUUGGCAGGUUUCCUACUUCCUGUAGGUGAACUUAGCCAGGUUGAUAACUUGAUCACGUUCUUGGAAUACCCCCCAAGAACUAGUUUAGUUCCAGCAGUCAACAAAGAGGAGAAAGGGGCGUAGGAGGAAGGCUGUUCUCACCCCAGCCCAUGGAGCAGUGUGCAAAAAGAGGGGAAGAAUUUUAUAAGAGGAAAAAGAUUUGUUUUGUUGUGUGUGCGUGAGUGUGUGCGUAUGCCUGUGUAUAGAGUAUGUCAGUAUUCACCCCUCCCUGACUCCACUACACCCCCAGAGUGACCUGUAUUAAACUGUAUAGGUUGUGAAACAUGUUAUUGAAUGUCUAAAAAAAAAAAAGAUUAUACAGAUUAUACAUAAAAUUUAAAAGCAAAGCAGAAGUGGAAGCAUUGAAAUUGUAUUAAAAUAUAAAAAUGUGGAUCUGAAAAAAAAGUCUAGGGUCAAAUGUAAUAUUUUGUUUGUACUGUAAUUACUAUUUGACGGAAGAAUACUGGAGAGAUCAACUGUAAUAAAGUAAUUUUAGUA